GCGAGCAGAUCGAUCCACCAAAGCGCGGGCGUGAAAAAAACCAUAUAAUACUCUACAGUUCCGAAACAUAAUACUAAGAUAUAACCAAUUCUAACAUAAGAAGUGAUUUGCUAAUACUAGAAAUAUCACCAAAUGAUGAGCGCUCGCUCGGUGUCGCCCAAAGUGCUGCUGGACAUUAGCUACAAGCCCACAUUGCCCAAUAUCAUGGAGCUGCAGCACAAUGUGAUCAAGCUGAUCCAGGUGGAGCAGCAGGCCUAUAUGCAGUCGAACUACCAACUGCAGCAGCAACAUCUCCAGCCCCACCAGCAACAUCAACAGCACCAACAGCAGCAACAGCAGCAACAGCAACCUCAGUAUGCCCCCUUGCCCUCGGAAUAUGCGGCCUAUGGCAUUACGGAACUGGAGGAUACCGACUAUAAUAUACCCAGCAACGAGGUCCUCAGCACCAGCAGCAAUCAGAGUGCCCAGAGUGCCAGCCUGGAGCUGAACAACAACAAUACCAGCAGCAAUACUCCAAAUGCCUUUGAUGCCCAGAAUGGAGGAGGUGGAGGAUCCGCCUGGAAUGAGCAUGGCAAGAGGGCCAGGAGCAGUGGGGACUACGAUUGCCAAAAUGGAGGAUCCCUGGCCAUGCAGCCCGAGCACAAGAAGCUAAUCCAUCAGCAACACCAGCAGCAACCACAGCAGCAACACAUCUAUGUGGAUUACCUGCCCACCACCGUGGAUGAGGUGGCCUCGGCCCAAUCCUGUCCAGGAGUCCAGAGCACUUGCACCUCGCCACACUCGCAUUUCGAGUUUCCCGAUGAGGAACUGCCCGAGCACAAGGCUCAGGUCUUCCUGCCACUCUACAACAACCAGCAACAGACGCAGCAGCAGCAAUCGCAACAGCAACAGCAGCAACACCAACAGAAUCACGCUCAAAUGCACUUCCAAAAUGCCUAUAGACAGAGCUUUGAGGGCUAUGAACCGGCCAACUCCCUGAAUGGCAGUGCCUAUUCCAGUUCGGAUCGGGAUGACAUGGAAUACGUUCGCCACAAUGCCCUGAGUUCCGUGAGUGAUCUCAAUGGAGGCGUCAUGUCGCCCGCUUGUUUGGCGGAUGAUGGCAGCGCUGGGAGUUUGCUGGACGGAUCGGAUGCCGGCGGAAAGGCCUUCCGGAAGCCACGACGGCGCCUGAAGAGGAAGCCCAGCAAAACGGAGGAGACGGACGAGUUCAGCAACCAACGGGUGAUGGCCAAUGUGAGGGAACGCCAGCGCACCCAGAGCCUCAACGACGCCUUCAAGUCCCUGCAGCAGAUCAUCCCCACUCUUCCGAGCGACAAGCUCAGCAAGAUCCAGACCCUCAAACUGGCCACAAGAUACAUCGACUUCCUGUGCCGCAUGCUCAGCUCGAGUGAUAUAUCCCUGCUGAAGGCCUUGGAGGCCCAGGGAUCCCCUUCGGCCUACGGAUCGGCCAGUUCGCUCCUGAGUGCCGCCGCCAACGGAGCCGAGGCCGAUCUGAAGUGCCUUCGCAAGGCCAACGGAGCACCCAUCAUCCCGCCCGAGAAACUGAGCUAUCUCUUCGGCGUGUGGCGCAUGGAGGGCGAUGCCCAGCACCAGAAGGCAUAGCACCGGAUCGGGACACUAUAUAACUAAUUAAUAUAUAUAUGCCAAGGAUCCAGAAGGGGCUUCCAGCAGCAACUAUCGUGUGAAUUCCAGAGCCCUGGCCGCUCUCACUCUUCAAUUCUCUGUCACUCUUUCCAUAUAUACGCGUGUCGAUUAUAUAAGUCUAAACCUACGAUUAAAACCUAUUUAAUUUUA